AUGGAAUCAAAUCUCAAACUCAUUGUUGACGGGCUAGAGCUUUAUGAAGAUCCAUCAGAAUAUAGGAGACUGGUUGGUAGAUUGUUAUACUUGACAAUUACCAGACCAGAUCUUGCCUAUUAUGUCCAAGUGUUAAGUCAGUUUCUAGCUAAACCAGCUGUCAGCCAUCACAAAGCAGUAAUGAGGGUCCUCAGAUAUUUGAAAGCUACACCAGGGCAGGGUUUGUUUUUCUCAUCAUCAUCAGAACUUCAACUCAAAGCCUUCUCAGAUAGUGACUGGGUAGUCUUCCUCGACACUAGGAGAAGCAUAACAAGUUUUGCAAUAUUUUUGGGCAAUUCCCUUAUUUCUUGGAAGUCCAAAAAGCAAGUCACAAUUAGUAGAUCCUCUGCUAAAGCAGAGUAUCGAGCUCUUGCAGCUACAACAUUUGAGGUGCAAUGGUUGGUCUAUGCCUUCAGGACUUGCAGAUUAAUAAUCAACAACCGACAGCUCCAUACACAGAUAGCAAAUUAG